UGGUCACACUUCAUGUAAAAGUCAGAACCACUCAGGACACAGCAUGGACACGACGGUCCCCGCUUAUCUCCUGGGGCUCCUUCUGCUCUGGCUCCCAGGUGCCAGAUGUGACAUCCAGAUGACCCAGUCUCCAUCUUCCCUGUCUGCAUCUGUAGGAGACAGAGUCACCAUCACUUGCAGGGCAAGUCAGGGCAUUAGCAAUUAUUUAAAUUGGUAUCAGCAGGAACCAGGAAAAGCUCCUAAGCUCCUGAUCUAUGCUGCAUCCAGUUUGGAAAGUGGGGUCCCAUCAAGGUUCAGCGGCAGUGGAUCUGGGACAGAAUUCACUCUCACCAUCAGCAGCCUGCAGCCUGAAGAUUUUGCAACUUAUUAUUGUCAACCGUUUAAAAAUUACCUUUCCACAGUGUUUCAAACCCGAACAAAAACCCCCAGGGAAGCAGAUGUAGAGGCUGGGCUGCCCCAGCUGUUCCUCCUGAUGCCUCCAUGGGCUGAGAGUGCUCCUCAGAUGCAGCCACACUCUGAUGGUGUCGGUAGAGGGGGACAUGAAGUCACCUCUGCACCCGAAUUCUUUUCUCUUUCUCAGCCCCAACUGCACAGACAUAGCAAUGCCUCUCCUGAUUUACUAAAGACAGAGAUCAUGACACCUGAGGAGUCUAGUUUAUGGCUUCAGUUGGACAUUAUAUAACACAGAAGAAGCCAC